AUGAAAUGGGGCUUACUUUUGAUUUUUAUUCACUUUCAUGCACUAUUCGGACUUGAUAUUAAACCGGGUGAUGGGACUGUGACGAGCAGGGACAAUAAUUGGAAUUCGAGCUAUAUCCAGAAGAAAGUUGGAGAAAGUGGGCUUCUACGAUGCUCCAAAAAUUUACCAUGGAUCAUGACCACCAAAACUACCAAUGCGAAUCUCGAGGGUUUUGAUUUCUCAGACUUACAAAAUAGAACCGAAUUUAAAGGGCCAUUAAUGUACAUUUAUGAUCUGAAAGCUUCCGAUACUGGAAUGUAUGGUUGUGGGGAAGAAAUUCUUGAGGAAAGCAUUUACAUUUAUGUCAAAGGUCCUCAACUUUUUCUAAAGAGCAAAGAUGUAGUGACAUUUCUUCAACUUGGAGCCCAUGAUCAUGAUCUGAUUAUUCCAUUUCGAACCACCACACACACGCAUAGACGGGAACGAGUAAAGCUAUUUGUCGACAAUGAGGAAUGGAGGGCAUUGUGUUGGGAUGAGAAUACAAAUGUAAGCGAAAAAGUGAUCAUCGCCGGAGUUGACAAAUUGCUUACAUCGAAGGGUGAGGCGCUAAGAUGCACUUCGAUGUCGGAAUUCUUCGAUCCUCGUCGCGGCUUUGACAUUUCCUUGUUUUCUUCCCGACUCGAUUGGAGUAAAUUUAACAAUAAACGCUUUCGGUGUGAAUAUGGAAACGAGGUUGCGGAGGUUUUCGUUCAGGCAAUUCAAAGCAUCGACAUCAACCUCACCAAAAUCGAUAGUCCUUUCAAAGUGACUUGCUCGUGGGAAAGCCAGCCGAGUCUAGAUUUCGAUGUUGAAAGAUCUGGGUUAUGGCUGAGUUGUCCCAAGUGUGAGGCAAAAAAGAAUGGGCAUGUUGUUAAUCGAAUAAUUGAAUGGCUACAAGAUGCAAGAGCCAAGCGAGAGAUGGCCAAAUUUUGGGACCCUUCAAAGGGCGAUGUAUCCCAAUUCUGCCAUUGGAUUCAGCAGUUAGGAGAAGAAAGAAAUUCGAGCGCUCAAAUGCCGUUCUUCCGUGAAAUACUGUAUACAACAAAGAUCACAAACCAGUUUGCCGCAGCUUCAACAAUCGUGGUAAUCGUUAUUAUGUCGCUCUUGCUUUUCCUCGGCAUCGGUUUUGCCGUUUCUUGUCGGAAAAUGAGGAGAGCCCCAAACAACGCUGAAACGGUAGAACUUUCCCAAGCGGUAAGCUCUUUCCCUCAACGCCACAUCGGGCACGGGACUUUUGGAGACGUUUUUGAACUGAUUGGAUAUGAUCCACCAGCUGUGAUAAAGAAUCUUCGCUUAAUCUCACCCCACCAUCAAAUCACGCUUCAAAAUGAGUUCGAGAUGUUAAAGAAUCUGACGCAUGCUAAUGUCGUGCAGCAGUUAAAAAUGAAAACUAUGGAAGGGUCGAAUGAUUUUGGGCUCAUCAUGGAGUAUUGCCAACGUGGAAACUUGCGCAAUCUUUUGACAAAUUCGGAACAGACGUGUACGGGCUCCGCAAAGGGCACAGAACGAUAUAUGAGUCCCCCGAAAUAUGGAAGGAGUCACGAAUUGCAAGACUCUCAUCGAAAUGACGUCUACAGUCUGGGACUUGUUUUGUGGGAGAUUGUUGAAAGAAGGCUUGUUUUCUCCGAGUAUGGCCAGCACGGAGACUUCAAUCGAGAAGAGUUGCUUUCAAGUGGAUGCGUUUUGUUGGACAAAAGCAAAAAGGGAUACGUGAGAACGGGAAAUCCAAUUAAAGUUCCUGAAUGCCCGGCUUGUCAUCAAAAAUAUUCACUCGAAGCCAUUCAAUCGGAGCCAUUCACUCUUAGUUGUGGCCACGAUGUGUGCUAUGCCUGCUCGCAUCAGAGGCUAAGGGAAACUUCAGGUUCCAUCACCUGUCCACAAUGCGAAAAGUGUUCAAGUUACGACUACGUUUAUGGGCCAAGGGAAUCACUUUUGAAAGCUUUCCUUCAAGAAUUCAAAGAACGAGAGCUAUUGGAAAUCGACAUGAAGAGAGCUUGCUGUGAUUGCGGAAAUAAGGAGCACGCCAUAAGCUGC